AUGGCGAGCGGAGAGGAGGCCAGAAGACGCCCCUCGGUUACCUCGUCUUCGGUCGGCCUGGAGUCUCUGUUCCCGGCAGGAACCUCGGAGCAGGCCUGCGGGGACUUAAACCCGGAGCUCGUCCGGCUGCGUGAGCGUCUUCAGGGCUGGCUAUCGCAGUAUGAGCCCCUGCUGCUGUGGGUGCAGAGGCUGCUGGUCUGGGAGAGGCCGUUGUACAGCAUCUCUGUCGCCCUGACACUCAACACUUUAUUCUGGCUCCUGUCAUCCACCUCCCUGCGGCCUCUGUUCAUGUUGAGUGUGUCCCUGCUGGGACUUAUGCUACUGGAAAGAUGGAAGCCCAAGUUGCCCAUCAUUACUGUUCAACAUGCAGAUGCUCACCCCGUAGAAAGCGAAACAAUGAGCACGGAGCAGCGUCUGCUCAGCAUUCCUGAGCUCAGCCACCACCUGGCUGAGAGCUACCUGACAUGCUGUCUGUACCUGCAGGAGAUGCUGCAGUACAAACAUCAAAACCAUGGCAAGUUCUGUGUGAUGAUGUGCAGUGGCUGUUUUGUACUUGCCGUGGUGGGACAUUACGUACCAGGAAUCAUGAUCUCCUAUAUCAUAGUCCUGAGCGUGCUGCUGUGGCCGCUGGUGGUGUACCAUGAACUGAUCCAGAGGAUGUACACGGGCUUGGAGCCAAUCCUCAUGAAACUGGACUACAGCAUGAAGGGGGACACCGAGCACCGCAAGCAUGACAAGAGGAAGGUUAAGAAGGAGAUGGAGGAGGGAGACGAGCCAAGAGCUGAAACAGAGAGCGAGAGCGAGGAGGAGCUGUCCUGUUUCGCCCCAACGGUGGAUGUGAAGACCACAGCUCUGGCGAUGGCCAUCACAGACUCCGAGUUGUCGGACGAGGAGGCGUCCAUCUUGGAGAGUGGAGGGUUCUCAGUGUCCAGAGCCACCACUCCUCAGCUCACUGACUUGUCUGAAGAUCUGGACCAGCAGAGUUUACACAGUGACCCAGAGGAGCCAUACAUGCGGGAUCUCCCCGAGUUCCCCUCAGUUGAGGAUUUUCCGUCCAUCGAGCACAACCUGCUCCACUUCCCUCUACGAGGCCCCGGCCAGGCUGACGGAGCCCAGGCUGGAGCUCAGUCAGAGGGAGAACCACUGAGCCCCGCCAGCCUCCUCAUCCAGCACCUAGCAUCUCCGCUCCACUUUGUGAACACGCACUUCAACGGACAUGGACGACCACCUGGGGGUGAGGGGGGCAUGUUGCCCAUGCCGGCUGCAGGUGAGGAAGCAGGGAGGCAAGGGGUAGAGGAGAAGGAGGGAGCGGCAGCCCUGGGUGCGCAGCGCUCCUUGGAAGCCCUGAGCGAGGAGAUAGUGAGCACAGCGAUCUCCACCGUGGUGCAGAACACUCUGUCAGCCCUGCUGCGCUCCAGUGAGGCCAGCGAGGAGCCCUCCUUGGCUGAGUUCCUUCCCACCGAAACCCCACCAGGUGCUCUGGAGACCUCCGCCCAACCCACCGAUGCCACUGGUAACACUACAAUUGCUACAGUAGGGGCGCUGGGAGCUGACGAGGACCUGGAUGAGGAAAUUAUGAAAGACGAGAUGCCCGACGACACGCUAGUUCCGACCGAGGAAGAGGACUUUGAGCUACUGGACCAAAGUGAACUGGAGCUGGUGGACGAGGGGCUGGACCUCAGCUCUGACAGACAGGUGGUGGGAGGAGCUUCAGAGACACCUGCAUCCCCUCAGCAUCAACCACAGUCAUAGCUUCCCCGUUGCCUCCCCAUGCCCCCACCUCCAACUGUUUUGUUUUCAUUUGUAUGUUAGAACUACAUUAUAUCCAUACAUACUGCUAUAUACAAAACAUUUAUCAAAGAGUCUGGCGUUUAAUUCUGUUGGUCGGUUAUAGUGUGAAAGAUGGCUGAGAUUACUUGGUGCGUUUUCACUUUUAUAGGCUCACCAUUACAAGGGUGCCUCGGUACCUGAGUCGUUUCUAGUCCAGGACCAUCACGUUAGCGGGAUCAUCAGCUACUAUCAGAUGGCAUUCACGAAGACACCGUUUGAUCCGUACACUUAAAUACACACAUCAAUAUUGAAAUCAUCAAUAAUGCUUUUACGGUAGAGUGUUUGCGUGGUGUUAUUCUGCCUGUAGGCCUAAUAGUAUCAGUGAGCUGGAUUGGGUCAACAGUUCAAGAGAUGUCAUUGUCGUCAUUGGUUACGUCUGGUUUUAUUCGAUCAUCUAUUUAUUUGAUAAAUUGGCUAGCAAAUUUAUCACUGGGGAGCGAAAUUGCUCUCCUCAUUCAGUCUGAUGUCACAAUAAUGAUGCCUUUAUUUUCUACCUUGGCUCACCCUCCACCUUGUUUUUGUUCAGAAGCAGAUGUUUAUCUAGAUGGUGUUAUGAAGAGUUGAAAUGUUGGAUUAUAUAACUAUUAAUAUAUGCUAUAAAUUAUUUUAAUUUAACAGCCAGUCAAUGAAACUUUAUUGUUCGGCCGAGGGGGGGAGAGUUAAAAGUAAAUUUAAUCCUUUCUGUUGCCCAUAAUGAUUGUAUAAUUGUUUUAAUGACGACGCCAUGGACGUGCAAGUUGGAAAAUGUAGUUUGGUAUUCCCAGAGUUAACAUUAGUAAAAAUAAUAGUAUUAUCCUUCACUUUAUCCUUACCUGCAAGGUCUCUAAGGUUCCAAUUUGGACAGAAGCAUUCGGUCAUUAGUGGUCUUUCACUUGUUGCCUGGAAUUGGAAACUUUUGACGUAGUUGGAUGUUGACGUGUAGUAGAUCUUUACCCAUACACAUAAGUGACUUUGAUGUGGCAAGAUGAACGAAAUGUUUCCCCGAAUUUCCUCUACGAUUGAUGCCUCGUUUUUACUCAUAUUUGUGAAUAGGAUUUAAUUUCACACAUUCAUCUAUAAUUGGUCCGUAUGUAAAUGAAUUUAUUCUUGGUCUUUGUUGAGAAACGCAGGCUUCUUGGGAGACAGCUUAUUUGUACAUGUACAGUCAUCACUGGGAUAUGUAUAUUUACCAAAUAACCUCCUGUGUGCCGCGACAAGUCCAUGCAUGCCAUGCAUCACGCAUGUAUUUAACAUGAUCAACAUUUGAGGUGAGAUUUCAAAAGUGUUAAUUUUACUGGAGCAGAUUUUUAUUCCGUUUUUUUGGAGGAAAGUCAUUAAAUUAUACAGGCUGACACUGGCCGCUGCUGGGGGAAAUUGUUGACAUGACCUAAAAGAAAUUAGCACUAUGCUCGACUGUCUAAAGAGGCCAGUUUUGCUUUUGUAAACCACUCAGCAUCCAAAUCUCAGGGGUGGGUUGUACAAAUUGAAUAUAGCAUUGCAGAGUAUGUGUCCAUUUGUCGUAGUGCAUCGUAUUUGUACUAACCCUUACUUUUCUUUUUUUUUUCAGUCAAUGCCUCCUUGUGUAUAGUGUAGAAAUGCUUAAAAAGAACGUGUAUAUUCUGCAUGUAAAAACAGCACUCUGUUCAAGUUCUCCUUGUCAGCUGACAAAGUACUGCACAAUUUGUGAGAAAAAAAAUUUGAAUGUUUUCAGGUUAAAAGAGCCCAUUAAAUUCAGUUUGUUUAAUAUUUAAUUACCAACCGGGGGAAUACAAGUUUUGAUGUGUCCAAAUUUUAGAGACUGCCCAACUCUAAAAGGAAAUGGGUGGCAAGUGAUCACAGCAGAUUUAGAGAAGGAUAUUAACAGACUAGUUUGUGUAUGGUAGUAGUGUGUUAUAUGCUCAAAAUAUUGCUUCUUGAACUAUAAAAAAAGGCACUUACUGAACUGUACAAUUUUAAAAAAAGGAAUAUAUUUUCUAAUUUCUCCUUUUUCCAUAAAGUACUCAGUUUGAUCUUUUACAUCUAGAAAUAUAACGGCUAUGGAUGAGUUUCACGGAGCGGGGGGGCGAAAGAUAUAUUGUCAUGAAGCUGGUCAAAUAAAACUGCACCUCAACACAUGUUGAAAGCAAGAGAAUAAAAGAACAAACUGAAACAAA